AUGAGUGGUCGAAGCUACAGUUACAGUCCUUCACCACCAAGGCAUUAUAGCAGGAGGCAUCGCAGCCCUAGCCCUAGGGGUCGUUAUGGAGGUCGUGCUAGGGACAUGCCUACCAGUCUUCUGGUUCGGAACCUACGCCAUGACUGCAGGCCUGAAGAUCUACGUGGACCAUUUGGGCAGUUUGGUCGUCUGAAGGACAUUUACUUGCCACGGGACUAUUACACUGGGGAACCUCGUGGUUUUGGUUUUGUCCAGUAUCUAGAUCCUGCUGAUGCUGCUGAUGCCAAAUAUCAUAUGGAUGGUUAUGUACUUCUUGGCAGAGAACUGACUGUUGUAUUUGCAGAGGAAAACAGGAAAAAGCCUUCAGAAAUGAGGGCAAGAGAACGUGUUAGGGGUCAAUCAUAUGAUCGUAGGCGGUCUCCGUUUGAAUACUCACGAUCACCACGUUAUGUAAGGAGUUAUUCUCGUAGUCCAGAUUAUUAUUUCCCUUCUCCUAUGCGCAGGCGAUAUUCAAGGUCGAUUUCACCCAGAGACAGAAAUUACAGAGGGCGAUCUUACUCGAGGUCACCUUAUGGGUCAAGGAGCAGGAGUGGAAGCAUUGAAUAUUCUAGAUGAGUUUGCUUUGAUGAUAUGAUAAUAAGUUAAACCAAGGGAUG